AUGCCUGUGCAAGAGGCCACGUCGCUACCGCCAUGGGUGGUGACGACCAUGGUCAUCCUCCAGGCUUUGAUGAGUCUUGUUUGUGGUCAAGAGGGUGCCGACUUCAUGUCCGGACGGAGUGGCAACGUCUAUGUUGGUGGUAGCUACCACACACAUGGUGGUUCAGGGGCCAACGUGCAGUGCUUGAGUGGCCAAGACAUCAUGGAGGGAGAUUACGAUACCUCAGAUACGGGGGGUGGCAUUAUUUACCAUGCCGAAUACGAGACUUCUGGACUGCUCAACUCUUGGUUCGAUGACCUGCACGAUUCCGAGGUGGGACGCUGCACGGAUUAUUCCAGUGAACCGCUAUCUCUCGAUUGCACAGCUUAUCACAUUGCUUCAACGAACAAUGGAUACAAUUCAGAUUCCUUGUGUGGUCUGUCGCGCUCCGCGCAAAGCCACACGCUGCAAUAUCAAGGCUACAUCUUUACAGCACACACAGGCCAUCAACGACUGGAGGCUAUUUGCAUGGACGCCAACGCUGAGAGCACGGGCUCACGUGGCAAUGAAAAUGGCAUGCUUCUGUAUCCAACCGAGGCGUAUGGCCUUGGAGGAUACACCAACAAUCGCGAAGUAACUUGUCCAAGUGGUCACACACGUUUGGACUACGGUCCGAUGGCUGGGACCUACUAUUCAUUCGCCAAGUGGAGUAUCAAACUGCAGAUGCAAGCGUCUCAUCUCAUUUCAAUACGCUCCAUGAUUACGAGGCUCGCUGUGGGCUCCGUGUGUCAAGCCCCGGACACGCGAACCGUGUCGAUGGUGCAGUACGGCCGGACCACGUGCCCCAGUGGUUGGACGCAGGACUAUCGGGGCUACAUUAUGGCCUCACGGUACAACAUGCGCCGCACAACAUGGAUUUGCAUUGAUGAGACACCCGACAUCUAUGGGUCCAAGACUAGCAAUGAUGGUGGUCUGUUGUAUUUCACCGAAUACCACGACACCUACCCGUCAUCUUACACACGCUAUCGCGAGAUGACGUGUGUGCGGUGCUCCAAAACAACCAGCAGCGGAUCAGUGUACCCCAUGGUGGGAUCGACGAGCUGUGCUUCGGGUGACUCGCGCAUCUACUAUGGCACUUGGGCCGGUGCCCAUUACUCGCACUCGGGCGGCGGGUUCAACGGCAUGUGCCUGCACAGCUCGCCCAGCUGGUUGACAUACAAUCAAAACGCACACAACGGUGGUCGCGUGUAUCGAGCCGAGUACCAAUACGGCGAAAUGACAGAUGUCGCCUAUGAUCGCCUGCAGGACCGCGACGUACCCUGCGCCAUGUGCCUGCGGUCCAAUCCGGACUCUUUCAUGUAUCCGGCUCGCAAUACCUGCCCUCAGGGUUACAAGGUGGACUUUCAGGGCAUCCUGACAUCGGAGAAGCAUGAUCACAACAAGGGCGCAUUUUACUGUGUCAAGCAGAACCCUUCGUACACGGGCUCGACUGGCAAUGAAGAUGGCUAUCUUCUGUACCCCGUGGAAAUUCAAAGUGGCAAUGGGCGCAUUUUUGAUUGGGCCACGCCAUUUUAUGAGCUGCCGUGCACCAUGUGUUCGGGGCCGGCGCCACCUCCACCGCCACCACCUCCUGAUAGUGCCACGGGCCCGACGUUUGUUCGGUGGGGCCGCUGGGAUUGCCCGUCGAGUGCCAGCAUUGUUUACCAAGGUCGUGGUGCAGGUGCACACUACACUCACUCGGGAGGUGGACCAAACUUCCAGUGCAUGCCGCAAGAUGUGAGCCCUAUUCCAGGUGCCUGGACUCAAGAGGGAAACUCUCGCUCCAUUCUCUACGCCAUGGAGUAUCAGACCAGCGGGUUCCCUUUCUUGUCGGACCUGCACGACAGCGAUGCAAGGAGCUAUACCUGUCCAACUGGAUUCAGCACGCUGUACACGGGGUAUCUGUUUGCCUCGAAAUAUGAUCAGUACCGCACAGAGCAUAUCUGUGUGGACAAGGAUGCACAAUCGAUUGGUUCCACCCGCAAUGAGGACGGCGCUUUGAUCUACCCUGUUGAAGGUGUGGGUGUCUCUGGCUACACCGACUAUGCUGAGGUUCGAGAGACUGCGUUGCGUCUCCAAGCUUCUAGCGCCGGUCCAUCGCCAUUG